UUGUGGAGCUUUGUUGUGGACGGCGAUUAUCGCGUAUUUCGGCUCCUCUCUCAUUUUGGGUGCUUCCUGUGGCUUCCAUGACCCCCCGCCGCCUACUAUGAGCAUUGAAACAUGUUCAAGAAGAACGCCACCUCAGGAGACGUCAAGAAAAGCCAAAGCAAAUGCCUGGACGUCAAGCGAGAUACGCCCACCCGCCUGAAGCAUCUGCGGGCGGUGCUGGAUAACCAGGAACCUGGGGAAGUGAAAGUCUUUUUAGAAGUAAACUACAGCCCUGUGUUCCAUGUCUUCUACGAGGCAUUCAUCACAUUCGAGGGAAAUCUACGGCAGAAGGGAACUUUUGCUGUACAACGAAGUCACAGGGAAGACCUAGAAUGUUCACUGUAUGUGCUUGAUCGUCUCCUGUGUAUCCUUCCUGAACUAUUUGAGCGAAGAUGGCAGUGCAACGCACUUACACACAUAUUCAAAAAAAUCCUUCAUCCUGGCAACACAGUGCGGUUACGGAGGGAAGCAAUGAGGUUGUUCAUUCUGUGGUACAUGAUCGUUGGGGAUGCAAAGACUCCAGAGAUGGACCGCAUGUUUGCCUCCCUCGUUCCAGGGUUCCCCAUCCCCCCUCCUGCUGCCAUGCCGCCAGACCUGGGUUAUGGGGGCAUCACCUGCGUGGAGCCCUCGCCGGUCAUCCAGCCUUCCAACACGGAGAAGACCCCUGAUGACCUUACUUCUUACUUCCUCAGGUCGCUCAUGGAUUUUAUGGUCUCGCAGGUCCGGAGGAUUGAGUGGCGAGAUCGCACACAACACACCAAAUCUUUUUCAUACCUGUUUGCAAUGUUUCGUGCCUGGUACAUGCCACACAUUUUCCCCAGUUUCAAUCCCGAAAAUACACUCUAUAAACCUAACCUGGAACUACCUGAACUGAGGGGCAGUCCUGGUGUGAGUCCUUAUGGCACAUGUCAGGUGGCCGUUGUGGAGUGGGUGCGGAAAUUUGUCAUAGCUACCUCACAGCGGAGUGGACAAUCGCUAUCCUCGGUCAGUGAGGAUGAUGGACGUCGCUCUGGCCACGGAGAUGCACCGGAGGGAAGUACCAGUGACCAGGAUUCAGUCACAUCAGCAUUUUACGUCAGUGAUGAAGGAGGAUCAGGAGAGGAUGGCAUUAUGGUGCGCGACAUUCUCUUCUCCUCUCGAGAAAAUAUCAACUUCAUCCACGAACUCUUUCGCCAAGCACUGUGUCUUAGUUUCCGUUAUGCAGGGGUCAUGAAAACUGUAAUAUUUUCCUACAAAGACUGGAUACAGAUGAAUACCCCAGAAAUGCCCCCCUUCAUGCUGGAGCCUUUGGAAGGAGGUACGAGCCCAAGGGACGAUGCAGCAGGCUCUAUGGAAAACAACAGCCAAAGACGCUUGCGUAAUGAAUCUUACCUUGGGGCCGUCAACAAAGAGAUUCAUAUUCGAGCUGGCCUUCAGAAUGUUCUGCAAGUUUUCAUCACAAGUGCAGCCAACGUGUUCCUCCUAGAGGUGUCACCCGACUACCCACGUCUCUUGGAUGAACAGGUUGAGGUUUGCAAACACGUGCUCAAUAUUUACCGAUACAUGGUCAUGAACACUCGCAUGGAACAGAAAACAUGGGAGCAACUACUGGUGGUGCUACUUCACAUUACCUCCCAGACUCUCUGCGGUCGACCUGCCACCCACAAAGAGGACUCUCUGGGUGGAAGGUUUGCCUCAGCACUGUUUCAGACCCUUAUUGUUUCAUGGAUUAAGGCCAACCUGAGUGUGGUAAUCUCAGGCGAUCUCUGGGACCAGCUCCUCCUCACUCUCUCGUCCCUUACCCAUUGGGACGAGCUUGUCAAGGAGUGGGCUAAAACAUUAGACACUCUAACUAGGGUGCUUGCCCGCCAUGUGUACGGCUUGGAGCUCAAUAACCUCCCUUUAGAGCGAGUGACAGAGCGCCGGAUGAUAAAGCGAGGCACCAAGUUAACAGGAUUAGAUUCUGUAAGAAGCAGUUUUGCCCGAAGCUGGAGUAGUGUGCGCAUGGAACGGCAAGUUAGUGCUGCGGAGGGACAUACCAGUGCAGCUCCCGUACUCUCUCAUCUGCAGGAGGAAGCCCAUGCAGACCACUCUGCUUCACAUAGUGGGAGUGAGCGCAGCCCAUUCAGCCGAAAGAGAAGGAGCAGUUCUGGGGGAGGUUCUCUCAAAGCCGGAGCGGGUGGUAGUGGUGGCAGCCCCAAACUCUCUCCUCACCAUCCCUCGAGCGAUCACUCUCACCAUCACCACCAUCACGAUCACCAUCCCCAUCCUCACCAUCACCACCACGGGCUAGCCAGGAGGCUGACGCGCUCCCUUUCAGAGUCCAACCUGUUCGUCAGGAGGAGGUCAGGCAGAGGUCGGUCGCACGGAGACUGUGACGGCCACAUGACCAGCCAUGGAUUCCUGCACGGCACCAGAUCCAAAUCACUAGAGACGCUCUCGCAUGGCUACGGGGACGAUGACUCUCGCACACCUUCCCCAUCCCCGUCGUCUGGGGUGGAGUCGUCUUCGAUGAAGGACUCUCCGAUGCAGAUUGAAUUGGGGGGAGACACCGCCAGUAUAGAUACACUGGAGGGAGGCUUGUCAUCGGAACAGCGCUCAGUCAUGUCAGGCGGCACGGUUCGAGGGUGGCUUCCAGAUGUUGCAGUGGUCUUGUGGAGAAGAGUGCUGGGGCUCCUUGGCGACCCCAAUGAUGUUGCGUCUCCACUCAUUCAUGCGCAGAUAUUCAAAUACCUCUCUGAACUUACUGAUACUUUGGUCAAGUUGCGAAAUAAUCAAAGCAUUUCAGUUGACAACCAAAGCAGCCCAGAGCCUCCAGAACUAAUACCUCCAAUUUUGCUAGUCGCCCCUUGGUGCUUCAGGGCUUUAACACUGCCACCUCCCUUUCAUCGAGGCAAAACACUAGCCUACCGGUUGUUGUGUGUGAUGAUGGUACGCAAGCAUGAUAUCCCACCACCAAAAGACAUUCUUACACAUUUUUAUAGAGUUCUUCACCAAGGUUUAGUUGGUCAAGAUCAGGAAAUAAUCAACACAUUAGUAGCAGAAUGUGGCCCACACUUCUUCUCCCUGGGAUUGCCAGGUGCUACCAUGCUCACCCUGGAUUUCAUUUUUGCUACUAACACGGUCAUAACUGCUCCUGAUUCCAAAGUUCAGUCACCGCGUCUAGAGGCCUUAAGUCUCCUCGGAUCUUUGCUGCCGCUCUCAUCGCUUUACCCGUCCAUGCCAGUCCUUCAGCCUUCUGCCACGGAUCUUGCUCUUAUGAACUGCUCAGAUGUUAAGGAUCACUUGGUGAAUGUGUUACUGAAAAGCGGGAAGAAGGACAGCUGGUGGCGCACCAGGUCCCUGGCCUUGUGCACGCUAGCCCUUUACCUCUACCACGAGCUGGCCAAUCAGACUUUCCACACGAAGGUCAAUGAGGCUAUAAAUGUCCUCCUUGCGUCCUUGAAGCAAGCAGUACCUUCAACGCACCCAACUAAGCAUCUGGCCCAGAGUGCUGAGAUUGGACGCUUGGUGGGUCAGAUAGCAGCUGACUUACUCCUGCUCAUGUGUGACCAUGCAGAAGCUCUCCUCACACACUAUCCAGAUGUACCAGUUAGAAUUAUUCAGUAUUUGUCAUCUGUUCGAAUGUUCAUUGAAUUACCUGGUCGACAGAUUGGACGCUUGGUGGGUCAGAUAGCAGCUGACUUACUCCUGCUCAUGUGUGACCAUGCAGAAGCUCUCCUCACACACUAUCCAGAUGUACCAGUUAGAAUUAUUCAGGUACUCUGUCAGACACUAGGAGCUAUCGGAACUGACAACAGCCUCACUGUCAGUACUGAUGGAAAACACCUUGUGCUUUCAUGCCUCUUUUGCCUGGCGGAGUGGGUCAUGCGCAUGCCUCAACAAGUACUUAUUCAACCUAUGCAAGACAAACAUACUCUACUUCAACAUGUAUUCAAGGUGCUUCACGUUAUUACCAGUGGUAAAAAGAGCAAUCAUAUAAAAUCACCCAACAUAGAAAUUGUGGAUUUUGAAAGCCAUGUCCGGGAAGAUUUGGGCAGGAGUGGGAGUGUGGAUUCCUCAACCUGGGGAGACUCCCUCAAGAGGUCUUCCUUCCCUGCCUCGUGCACUUCUACCAUAAAACUAGCUGCAAGAUCGAUCACAAGUCACAUCAUGAACCACUUAUGGCAUUUCCCUCUGGGUGUGGGAGCACAAAGGCUUUCCUCAUUGGUGGUCGAAGGAGAUGAUGUCCCCGGUCUCUCUGGAGAUGAAUUGUCAUCUGAGGUGUUCCUUUCACCGCACAUUCAGCUUUUUGCCCUCAAUCAGUCAUGUUUGCUGUCUCUGGUACAGCUUCCAGCACUGCAGGUUCCAGGAGGGGCAGCCACUGCAGGAUUCAAGACACCAAAUUCAGAGGUGAGACUCAUCCUGCGGGAUCUCUCUGGAAAGUUCUCAUGGGAUGCCACCCUCCUCUAUGCCCCGCCAAGUGAGUGCAUAGCCGACCCAGCCAUUCACGUCCACCACCAGCAGAUGAAGCAGUCGCAGCAGUUGCAAGCACAAUCACAACAACAACCAAGCAUGUCUCCUGGAGCUACACCUGGGCCCCCUCCACCACUACCUGGUUACACAGGUUUAGGAGUUCAGUUCAGUUCGGCAAGCAGCUUGGAGCACCACACUGGCAGCCGCGAUGAUAUCAUGUCUUCCUCAUUUGUUGUGACAUCCCCCCCAAGGCACACCCUCAGGCACCGACCACCGGGGAUUUUGCCGACACAUGAAGAUUCGGCAGAGGAUCUGGACAACUUGGAUGAUCUAUUGAACUACGUGGGUCAUACAAGCCCAGAAGUGCUGGAGCAGUUUGGCCAUGCAUUGAAUGAAGCUGUAGGUCCUCCUCCAACGCUUCCCAUUGAGUCUCAGCAUGAUGCCAUUUCAACCAUACUCAACCAGCGCAAUGUGGAGAAUGAGUUCUUCUGCAGACACUCUUCUGAUCUGAACAUGGUGUGUCCAGAAGUCCGUUGCCCAACCCCUGUGGAGUCGCGUUCAGUGUUCCAGCAAGGGAGGCUCAUCUUCGACCAGUUGGGAUUGGCGUCGUGGGAGAAGCGGAAAUCCAUUCACACGCUGAAGAAGAACGACAAGUUACUGCGCGAGCUGAAGAACUUGGAUAACCAGAAAUGCCGAGAAACCCACAAACUGGCUGUUAUAUAUGUAGCAGAAGGGCAGGAAGACAAAAUGUCAAUCCUUAGUAACAGUGGUGGAUCUGCUGGCUUUGAGGAAUUCGUAGGAGGACUUGGCUGGGAAGUAGAGUUAGCCACGCACACAGGAUUUAUGGGUGGACUGCAGCGAAAUGGCUCAACAGGAGAGACUGCUCCGUACUAUGCUACAUCACUGACUGAGGUCAUCUUCCAUGUAUCAACCCGAAUGCCUUCGUACUCUGAGCAAAGCAUGUUGCAAAAGACUCGCCACCUUGGCAAUGAUGAGGUGCACAUCGUUUGGUCUGAGCAUACACGGGACUACAGAAGAGGCAUCAUUCCCACAGAGUUUUGCGAUGUCCUUAUUGUGAUUUACCCACUGCCAAACCAGCUCUACAGGAUACAGAUUUCAACAAAGCCAGAUGUACCCUUUUUUGGCCCAUUAUUUGAUGGAGCUAUGGUAGCUCACAAGGUCUUGCCAGGCCUAGUACGCAGCACCGCAAUCAAUGCUUCAAGAGCCAAACGCAGUAGAUUGGCACUUUACCAGAACUUCUAUGAAGAACGAGCAAGGGCUCUUGACACCAUCAUCGAACAGUAUAGUGAACCCACAACCUUCGAGGCCUUUAUAUCAUCUGUCUACUGCCCCGUCUUCCCCGCGACAUUCACUUCAGGCCCAACUCGCGCCUCAGGGACUUCUUUCUCAUCGCGGGUGUUUGACUCCUCCAUGGGCGGCUUCGGCGGUAGCUCAGGGGUGUCGGGACUAGCGGCAGCCCUCCUGGACGACCCCCAGUUACCCCCUGGGCCCCCCCAGAGACCUCCACUGACCAGGCCCACCAGCUAUUCCACCGGGGAGCAGCACCACCUUCGGGAGAAAGCGAGGAGUGUCCUCCUGAUGGACCACAUAAGCAGCAAUGACGACGGGAGCGGCUCAUCCCCCCGCGGCAACAAGAAGCUCUCCUUCAAGACCCCCCGCAAGGUGUCCUCGGCAGUGACCUCUGCCGGAGCGGCCGCAGCUGCCACCACCCCCCCUGAGAGCCCCAUGCCCCCACCCAGGAGGCCUAAGGAUGGAAUGCAUCAUGUUAAUCUCAAGAAAUAGAGUGGGCUUUUUUUUUUUUCUUUUUUUUCCUUUUUUAUCUUCUGUGAAGGUAGUUUUUGAUUGUUGUUUCUUUUAAGUCUUCUUGUUGUCUUUGUCUUGGUCGUCAUUCACCCCCACCCCCCCUUUUUUUUUUCCUUAUUUGCUGCAGGCAAUUGAGAGCACUUUUUAUACAAUAGCAAUUUGAUUGAAAUUUAUUGGUCGUCGGCACUCUUGUACGUUUUAAGUUCUGAUUGCCAAAGGAAAAUUGUUAAACAUGGUGGCGACGAUGAAUAUAUUGUUAAUGACCACAUUUAGAAAAUUAAUGUGAUUUCAAACUGCUAAAAGUGACCAAGUAUGACAAAUUGCAGGUUAUUGCUCAGUGGAAGUCUGUCUGUGCUUACAAAUAAUUUCAUACAACUGCAAGCAAUUCUUUCACCUCAAGUCUUGUGAGAUGUUUCACAUAAGGACACCUGUGAAAGGGAAAUAAAAAAUGUGUAUGCUGGUGAAGUGACUGAUGAUGUAUAAACAUUCUUAUAAUAUUAUGGAUAAUAUUUACUUUGACAGAAUAUUCUGAAUUAUUCUCUACCUAGAUAGCUUAAGAUAACUGAUGCAUCUAAUUUAUUAUGUUUGUACUAUUGCAGUACAGUGCUGAAACCUAUAUGGAAAGGAGAGGAGAAAGUUACAAAUGUUAAUAGCAAGCAAAAUGGUUUUGUCUUGCUGUGACUGGCAAGAUUCUCUAUAGUUGGAUGUUGAAAUGCUAAUGUUCAUGGCAUACACUUGUGAUUAUGAAUUUUCUUGGUGAAAAGUGUCUUGUGAAUAGAGAAAGGGGGGAUAGAUAAUCUUCAAUCUUUAUUUUCUUUGAUUAACUUGCUUUCCUUGUCUUGAACUAAUUUAAGCUGAUCCAGCAUGGGGAGAAGAGGUCUUUAGUCCUGAUGUAGAUUUUGUAUCAUAUUUAGUUCCUCUAUAGUUUGUUAGUUUGAAUUAUACUGUCGUGGAUGCAAAAAAAAUCAACUGCAUGAUGUACAGAUAAAAGUAACCACUUGAGAUGUAUAAUUAAUUUUUUAAGUAUCUUUGUAAGAAGGUUUAGGGUUGGACAGAAUGUAAAAGAUCUGUGUUUACCAUGAGGAUUACCAUUUCACUCAAAACUAACUAAAUGCCAAAAAGAAAGUAAACAGAAAAGUAUAUAAGCAGGUCACAUAUUUGCUAAUGGUAGAUUUAAAACCUAAACUUGACAGUAGGUGGACUUCUUGGUACCAAGGAAGGGAAAGGAGGGUAGUUGCAGAAGUUGCUGCAUUUGUAGUAAGUAUGAAAGGGUUUAAACAUUACUUCUGUAAUUACCAGGGGAUUUGAAGAAGAAAAAGAGAGAGAAAAAAGUUUCCCUCUUGGUCACAUGCAAGAAGCACAAGGUCUGUGAAUAUAGAAUGCCUUAUUUUUACACAGUGAAGGUAAUGUAGGUAAAAUAAAACAAAAAAAAAGGAAUUUGUAAUUAGAAGGGGCUUUCAAAUAAAUUGUCUUGAGUUUGCAAUUGCUGACCAAAGCUUUAGUUCUGCAUGGCUAUGAGGAAUACAUGAUUGGUUCUUAACCUGAUUAUCUAAACUUGGAAUAUGUUUGAUAAAUGAUACUAAUAUGAAUAUUCAUUGAUUUUUUUUUUUUUUUUUUUUUUUUCCAACAGACUUUGUACUGUGAUAAAUGUAUUCCUAUAUUGGUGUGCUGGAAAAAAGAGAAGAAACCAAUCUAUUGCAUUUACUAAUGCAUACUCUGAGUGUUAGUGAUUUAACAGACUGAAGUCAUUUGGUCUGUCCAGAGAGAGGUGUAACCCAUUUCAAGCUGUAACCCAUGUGAUGAGUCUGCUUCAGGUGUUCUUGAUGAUGACUGUUAUAUACCAUACAUUGUUGGCUCAAGAACAUCCACCCAUGCACUCACGCAGACUCAUGCAGACAGGUAUACAUGCAAAUACACACUUGCAUGCAGAUACACAUUCUUGCAGAUAGGCACACACAUAAAUAGAUACACCCACACAUACAGAUAGACACACAUACAGAGGCACACAAACACGUGGACACAGAGAAACAGACAAAUGAACACAGUAACUCACUCAUGUUAUGCUCUAAGAGGUUUGUGAUGAAACAAGAAUUUCUCUACAUUUGGUUACUAUUUAUAAAAUUGAUAUCAAAUGCACUAGCAAGAGUAAAUGUAAACUAUGGUUAUUAAUUGUUUUUGAAUGCAAAAAGAGAUAAUAUAUAUAUUUUUCAUCAUUGGUGUUCUGUAUGUACAUUUUAUCAAUAGUUAGGAAAAAGGGUUCCUGUGUAGCAUGCCAAAAUAAGGUGCAAAUUUUUUUUAGAUAUUAAUGAUGAUAUCUAUGGACCUGACGGAGCACGAAUCAUAUCUGUUAAGGCUUGGUGGAACUGUGAAUAGCAAAUUAUUAGUCAGGUAGAAAAUCAUGCCAAUUCUUGCACAUUAUAAGAUAACAGGAAUAGAUGUUCAUGGAUAUAGAUAAGUGGAGAAAGCCUGAUUGCAGGAAAGUACUAUAUAUUAUUAAUGUGGAUUAAAGUAUUCCUGUAACCAGAUAAUUAAGAUUACAUUUCAAUUUACUCUCAGCUUUCACAGUGAAUUUAUGGAUGCUCACUGUCUUCUCUUCAUCUUCGUGAGAUGAAAUGUGAUGCCUUACACAUCAUUUCUUCCAUGCAUAACUUGUAUAAAAUUUUAUUUGUGAUUAUACAAUGUAAACAGACAACAGCAGUGUUCAUUUAUGGAAAACUUAAUAGUAAAUGUUUCAAGUGGCUUGGAACCUGUCCACCUUUUUUGAGUAUCAUUGUUAGUAUUCAGAUGAAAAAAAGAAAUCUUGGCACGUGUUGUGAAAGGCUAACACUCUUAAGGAUAUACUUUUGUUAUGAUUUAGUGGUCCUUGUACAACUAUACUACUACUGCUACUGUUCAGUCUUGCAAGAUUGAAGAUAUAAACACAACCAAAGAUUUGUUGUCAUUUAAGGAACACAGAUCUGCUCCAAGUAAAUGUUUAGAUUGUUUUGGGAGAAAUUGCUUGCUUUGUAAGAUUUGCUUUGUGUCAAAGGGUUUGUGUAUGUAAGUUGAAUUAUUAUGAAUACAGCAAUUUACUCUUGCCUAUAGCAAUGAUUAGUAAAUUUUUGUACUUAGGGAAUGCCAACAUUUUUUUUUUCUUGUGGUGUAUCUGUAGAGGAUUGCAGUAUAAGUUGUAUAUUGUUCAUAACCACCGGCUUUUGUGAAUUACUGAGAAGCACAAAACUACAAUUUUCUGAUCCCCCGUGCUGUCAAAUUCCAGUGAAAGAUAUUUGCAAUUAGUGUGUUACCACCUGUGACAGAGUUCCUAGUUGUGUGGUGUACUAGAAAGAGGUUUGCCAGUGACAAGGAGUGAAAACUUUAACUUGACACUUGAUGUAGCCUAUACAUGAUCAUCAGUAAUUUGGUUUUAGUACACCAGCAGCCUAGUGGUUCUGUAGUGGUCCUGUUAAGGCUGUUGAGGCCAGCUUUCAUUUGCUGUUAAUCAUUGAUAUGGCAGGAUCGGUAAAUAUAACAUUUAGGUUAUUACAUAAGGAGUACUUAAUUUAUCAAUUUCUUUUUUUUUCCUUCUUCUUUUCCUUCUUUUAUUAUUAUUAUUAUUAUUUUAGGAAUGUUGAUAACUGUAGUUCAAAUAAUACUUCCACAGUCUCUGUAUUGGUUCCAGCUUCUGAGAUCACCCUACUUGUGCACACCAAUCAUCACAAGAAUCAAAAGAUACCUGAAUUACUUCUACAAGUGAUGGUUAAAGCUUUUUGAAUUAUUUGAUAGUUACAUUGUUGUUGUUUUCCUUUCGUAUUAUUCUCUUUUCUCGAUGUAUAUACGUACUUACCUCUGAAAUCACUUACGUAUUUUAAGAAAGGAAUCGAUGGUUGUUAGAUGGAUGUUUUCCUGUAGGUUUAUUUUUAUUUAUUUUAUUUUUUUAUAUAUUUUAGCUAAUUAGUUCUUGAUUAAUUUAACCUUCGUAUCAUAUAGAAUCGUGAAUCUUCUGUCAGGCCGAAAUUUUUUUUUUUUUUUUUUUUUUUUUUUUUUUUUUUUUUUUUUUUUUUUCCCCUCGUCUUUUAAGUAUGUUAUCCUUCACGUGAUUUAGUGGGACAAUCCCCUUCGACAAAUCCUGAUGAUUAUUUUUUUGUAAAUCUCCAUAUGAGACGUGUUUUCACUACAGUGGAUUCCAGUUAUAGAGAUAGAUAUUUUCAGCUUUAAGUUUCUGGUUUUAGAAGGAGAUUUUAGUGUAAUUUAAUGUGAUUAAUCCUGUAAGUAUUUCUAUCAGUGUUUAUGAUGUUUUUUUUUUUUCUGUAUUUUAUUUUAUUUAUUUAUUUUUUUUUCUAAUGUGAAAUCAUUUGCAUGCUGUGGCACAAAUAGCACAAAACAUUACAUUUGUGUCACUAGUUUGAGCAGUUUAUUUUAUUAUUGUUAUCUCUUUUGUGGUUGUAUUUUAAUUUUUGUUUUUUUCAUUUUAUUUUUUUUACUCUUCCUUUAUGUUAAUUAGGUGUUUAAAAGGAAACUUGAUAGAAAAUCUUGUAUAUCUUCAAUACUCUGUGAUACUAUUCCUUCCUCAGAUUAAAAAAAAAAAAAAAAACGACCAAAAAACAAAAAAAGAUGUGUUUAGAGCUACGACUAGUAAAAAAAAAAACUGAAGAAUCCUUAAAAAAGAAAAGGAAAAAAAGAAAGCGCUUCCAGACUGUCUUUCUUCUGAGCAGAAAAGAGAAGUUGCGGGAGUUUUUCCUUUUCUUUCCUUUCUUUUUAAUAGGGGACCAGAUUCUGCUGCGUCUUGUGUGUGAAAAGACUCUAAGAAGAAAGUGGAUUUCUCUCAACUUUGUCGCUUCCAUCCGAGCGGAAAGAGAACUGUUUGUAUUUAAGAUAUGGCAUGCGUUUAAUUCUUCUUUUUUACUCGUUUUAGUGAUUUUGGAAGUGGUACAUAGAGUAACAGUUAUGUAGCAAAUUUGAAUAUCAAAAUCUGUGAAGGCCCCGACUUCCUUAGCAGUAUUAUACACAAAGACUGAACAGCAGUUUAGCGUUACUUUUCAGAUACUGGUCAUUAUGUUGCCAAUAACAGCUUCAGAGUGUAAAGACUGGCAUAGGGCUUAGUGCUUAUGCAAUAUCUAUCCAUUUUGCCUAGCUGUUCUUGCAGUAUAUUCAGCAUUUUCUUCUGAUUGUGGUGGAUGUCACUAUUAUUUGAUGUUGCAUUUGAAGUGAAAAUUGCACACUGUGAUUAGUUACCUAUGUAAGUAGUAUAUAUAUAUUUUUUUGGUAUCAUGAAUUUGCAUAUAGUAACUGUGUUGAAGCUUACCUUGUAUAUUUCUUCUCAGGAGGAUGCUUUAUGUUACACAAAUCAAAGGCAAACUGCUAAUUUAACGUUGAUGUGUGGAGUGUGGGUGGCAUUGAAAAGGAAAACGAGGUCUGUAAGAAAUCCAAAAUUUCUCCUUGACUUGCCAAUAUAUAUUGUGUGUCAAGGAAGUUUGAAAUGCGAACUUCUAUUGUUUAAGAUACAACGAUUGUGAUUUGUUUAAAGGUUCGUGAAGAGGAGUGAUAAUGAUUGUGUUGGACCUGGCAAGUUGAAUGUGUGUCUGAUUAUAUUUAUUGAGGAUUUUCAGUAAAACUUUUUUGUUAUUGUUGACAGAAAUUGUUGAUGAAUAUUUUAUAUUUAUAUAUCAUUAAUUAAAUUAAUUAGAACCCCACUUGACACAGAAAAAAUGCUGAAUAUUUUACCAGAAAUCACAAACCAUUCCAUCUUCCCUAUGCUACCUUGUACAUGUUGUACAUAGGAGUUUCUGUACAUCUUAACUAUUAUGUAUAUACAUAUAUACGAAUAAAAUUAUAGUUCUA